AUGGAGACCAAGGUGCUGCGCUGGACAGUCGGAGUAACACGACUAGUCCGCAUAAGUAAUGACGCCAUCAGGGAGCGAUUCGGUGUAGCGCCUAUUGUCGAUAAAAUGCGCGAUGUCCGAAUCCGUUGGUAUGGCCACGUUCUCCGCGCGGAUGAAUUCAGUGUUCGUAAGAUCGGUUUCAACCUAGAUGUGUCCGGAAAGCGGCCUAGAGGGCGCCCAAAGCAGCGAAGGCUCGAUACGUUGCACGAAGACCUCAAAACGGUUAACAUCCACCCCGAUCAAACGUUUAAUCGGGAGAAGUGGCGUCAACAUAUCGAAAAGCGUACCCCGCCUACAUGCGGGACAGGCGCUAAAGAAUAA